UGUGUAUCCAGGGCCAGGGUGCUCACUACAGUGCCGCACAAGUUCAGUAGGCACAAGUCCCUUUUAUCAUUUAGUAGGCUUGAAUAAGUGAUGUGCAAGGUUUCCAGUCUUUAACUUUCUAAUCUCAGCUUAUCAUUACAACAAAAUAAUAUCAACAAUAUCCUUUAUUUAAACUUUUAACUGUUCGGUAUAAACUUACUUGAAGUUUAGGAAAAGUUUAGUGACACUGCCGUCAGUCUGUCACUGUGACCAAGUCUUCCACUGUGUAUCGCUAUUGUUGUCGCUUUUUGCGAUAAAGCUCGAAUUUCUAAGUGAUUUACACACUGAUUGUGGCCAAAUUAGAGCUGAUAAAUUGAAAUCAUUACAAGAGUGAUGAAAGGCGAGACGAUUCCCCUUGUAGCUAAAUGGACAGAGAGAAAAUAUGGAAGAGACUCAACAAAAAUUCGAAGAGGCAUACACAUCCCACAGCGAUGGGUUUUUGCUGUCAUGGGAUUUUUCGCGCUGUUCAUUGCCUAUGCAAUGAGGGUAUGUUUGUCAAUCGCCAUAACAGAGAUGGUGGUACCUGAAAAUCAUAAUGAUACAAUAUUCGAUGAAGGCGCAUGUCCAGCUGAAGAGAUUUUGAAAAACAGUACAUCCACAUCCGGUGGAACGUAUGAAUGGAGUCAAAGUACACAGGGUAUUAUCCUCUCCUCCUUCUACUGGGGUUACGUUAUAACUCACCUUCCUGGAGGCAUGCUCGCUGAGGGCUUUGGAGGAAAAUAUUCUUUAGGUCUGGGAAUUCUUUCAACAGCCAUUUUCACCCUUCUAACUCCUAUGGCAGUCGAAUGGGGGGACUCAACAGCCCUUAUAGUCCUCCGGAUUCUGAUGGGUCUCGGAGAAGGCACGACCUUCCCUGCUCUAAAUGCAAUGCUCGCUCAAUGGACUCCACCUGAGGAGCGAUCAAAGAUCGGUUCCAUGGUUUUCGCUGGAGCUCAACUUGGGACAGUCUUUGCUACCACCUUAUCUGGAUUAAUUCUUCACUACUCUAGCAUGGGUUGGCCUGCUGUCUUCUACGUCUUUGGUGCAAUUGGAGUUCUUUGGUUCCUUAUCUGGGUAGUAAUUUGUUACAAUAAUCCCAGCGAACACCCGUUUAUCAGUGAAAGUGAAUUAAAGUACCUCCAGGAUCGUCUGAGUGCUCACACUCACAAAAAACCACCUUCGACACCUUGGAAACAUCUGCUUACUUCUGUCCCCGUUUGGGCCUUAAUUGCUGCUCAGAUUGGUCAUGAUUGGGGAUUUUUUACGAUGGUGACAGACCUACCAAAGUACAUGAGCGAUGUAUUGAAGUUUUCUAUAAAAAGCAAUGGGUAUCUUUCAUCUUUACCUUAUUUAUGCAUGUGGUUCUGCAGUAUUAUUACCUCUUGGUUAGCUGAUUGGAUGAUUACUUCUGACACCAUGUCGAGGACAAACGUGCGUAAAUUGGGAACAAGCAUCGCUUCUAUAGGCCCAGGAAUCUUCAUCAUUUGCGCCUCCUAUGCUGGAUGUGACAGAACGACUGUUGUUGUUUUAUUUACUGUGGGCAUGACGCUUAUGGGAACAUUUUAUCCUGGUAUGAAGGUCAAUGCUCUUGAUCUGAGUCCCAAUUAUUCCGGAACUCUGAUGGCCAUCGUCAAUGGAAUUGGUGCUUUCACUGGAAUCGUCACUCCACUUAUUGUUGGAGCCCUCACGCCUAACAAAUCUUUGACUGAAUGGCGUACUGUUUUCUGGAUUGUACUUGUUGUCUUUAUCAUCACAAACAUCGUUUUCGUAAUCUAUGCCAGUGGCGAAGUUCAGGAUUGGAACGCUCCAGACUUUCUAAUGAAUGAAAAGGAAGAAAAGAGAAGGAAGGCGGAAGGCGAAAUUUAUCAUGGAAAAUUUGAACUUAACGGAAGAAAAACUUUAACUUGAAGAUCACGAGCCGAACAAUAUAGAGAACAAACGUUUUAAUAAUGGUAACAAUUCGUGGAUUUAAAAAAAGUUGGUGAUCUCAACUUGGAUUUAAGAGGGAUUUAAAUAACGGAAUUGAAUGAAAAAAGGAACAGCAAAUCCCUUUCUGAGAUGAAAAAAAUCAUAAAUAAAAAGGACUGAAGCUGGACAGAUUUUUUAAUCUGUUAUGAUCAAGUCUUGAGAUUUCACUGAAAUGUGGAAAGAAGCUCUUUGUUCGCGAGCAGCACAAGUUCUGGAGGUUCGAAAGGCUAGAAUUGAGUUUUAGUUCUGCAGCAGGCCACUAGAAGAUGAUUAGGAUAUUCUAAUAAAAUAAUUAUCCUCAAAAUGUUUCUUUCAUCUGUGCAGCAUAUAUUUCUGGAUGAACAUCGAAAGUAGAGAACAGAUUAGCUGAUGAUAAUUCUUGGAGUGUCUUUGUUAUAUUUACUUACGCUUACUUUUGGCCCCGAUAGAAGCAAUAUUAUAUUAUUUCAAAUUAAGGAGUAUAGAAUCCUGAUUACUAAUCUUCCGUGUUAAGGAAAAACUUACCUAAGUGACUUUACGAUUAUGGUUUAUUUCUGUUUACCUGGCAGUAGUAAAGUCGACCUAAAUAAAAAUGUCACUUAGAUAAGGUUUUUUUUAGCACGUCAGAAAUCCCGAAGGAAUAAUAAGAGUUUCAAUAUAAUAUUACAGUAAGUAAGUAGGCAUAUUACGAGCAUUCAAAUGUUUGUCUAGUUUUUAGAAUUUCGAUAGAAUUUUGUUCUAUUAAAGAUUUUUUAUGGAAUUUUGGUAGACUCUACUUUAAUUCUUAAUUAAAGAAGUACAGAUCAACCGGAACCUGUCAUGAAUGUUGAUAUUUCAGGUCGAUACCAAUUCAAAGUUUGGCAGCCAACGGUGACAGUCAAAGACUGUCAGACAAUCAGUCUGCCUUCAGCCCAAGCAUAUCCUAACCAUCCAGUGAAUUUUGAGAAAUCUUUCUCUAGACUAGGAGAAGACUAUCGGGUGAAGUAUAAAAGAUAUUUUUCGGAUGGGCCUAGGGAACAUUCGGGCAUGGGUUCAGCUGAAGAAUUACGGCAAACUCAAUUAACAUUCCGUAACAAAACACCCAUAGAGCAGAGUUUAAUUUUUAUAUAAUUUCAAACGAUUUUCAAUUUUGAAAGCUUAAACAUUAAACUUGUUACAUUUUUAGUAUCAAAAUGUGGAGUUGCGGACCGCAUUCAAUUAGAAAUUGUCCAAUUUUUAAAAUUUUACUACUGGAAUGUUUCUUUUUUAAAUGUUUAAGUUCUUACAUACUUACUUAAUUAAAUACUUUUGUUCGUUAUUUCAGAAAUUAUUUAAUAAGAAUUUUGCAAAUUUGUACAAAUAAAUGUGCAAAAAUUUUUAUAUUCGAAGCACAUUUAUAUGCAAUAUGCCUAUCGAAAAAGGCAUACUAAAAGAUUAACAAUAAUAAUAAAAAAUAAAAAUAAACAUGACAAUAAGAACAAUUAAAACGAGUCUUUACAUUGUUUUGCUAGAAUCUUUAUUUGACUGGCGAGCAUAUUAUAAUGUGUAAUAGGACUGAGUCGAUUUAAAAAAAUUUAUUGAGCCUUUCGUUACAAUUCUUUAAAAACUUUCAAAAUAGGCUCCUUCUACGUCGAUGCAGC